AUGACUGUAAACAAAUUCAUACUCGUAGUCCUAGUCGAGGUACUUAUAACAGUACAGGCAGAUAUUCCUCCUGAUUUUCCCAGAUGUAAAAAUGCUGAUGGAGCUUGUUUGGUUAAGGCUUCCAAUGAGGUUAUUUCGAAAUAUUAUUCAGGCCUUCCAGCCAUUGGUUUAAAACCUUUUGAUCCUUUCCUGAUUGAAAAAUUUAUCUUAAAAAGAAAUCCUUCUAGUCCCAUAGACAUUGAAGUGGAAUUCAAUAAUUUAGAAUUGGAAGGUUUUAAAACCAUGAAAGUCUCCAAGUUUGAAGGUCUUAGGGCUGACUUAAGUGGGCGCACUAUCUUCAAGGGUUCCAUUGAUCAUCUGGAGUUUAAAGGACAUUACAAUAUAGAUGGAAAAGUUCUGAUAUUACCCAUUAAGGGUGAAGGGAAUUGCCGAUUCAUUUGCAAAAAUCUUCAUUUCACCUAUUCAUUCGAUUUGAUACCCAUCAAUAAACAAGGUAAACGUUAUGCUGCUUUGGAACAUGUCAAAUUGGAGGUCGAACCUGAACUUGUAAUAUUCAACUUUAAAAAUCUAUUUAAUGGUGAUAAGGCUUUAACGCAAACCACCAAUGAAUUCAUCAAUGCCAAUUGGAAGGAAAUAUAUCACGAAAUAGAAAAGGACAUAACCAAGGAGAUAAGUUUGAUUAUUAAGUCUCUUCUGAAUGACAUGCUUGAAAAAUAUCCCUAUAAUAGCUUGAAGCAGCAUACUCAUACUGUCAACUUGGGAAUACAAACAAAAAUGAGGAUAUUGUUAGCUUUAUUAUUGUGCCUUGCUUCCUUGGUUAACGCGGGAAAUCCUCCCAAUUUCCCAAAAUGUAAAAAUGCAGAUAACGAGUGUAUGAAGAAUGCCGCCAACGAGGUUCUACAAACCUACUACUUAGGACAAAGCGACAUUAAUUUAAUACCAUUCGAUCCAUUUCAUGUUAAAAUUUUACAUUUCAAACCAAAUCCCUCAAGUCCGGUGAACAUCGAUCUUAAACUUACCGAUGCCACAUUGGAAGGUUUCAAAUCUAUGAAAAUCAAUAAAUUUCAAGGUGUUAAAGCUGAUUUAAGUGGUAGGGAUACUUUUUCAGGUAUAGUGCCCGAUGUCAUUAUAAGAGGCCAUUAUAAUGUCAAUGGUACGGUUCUUAUAUUACCAAUCACCGGCGAUGGACAAGCGGUUGUCACUUGCAAAAAUGUGAAAUUUAAUUUUUCAUAUGAUUUUAAACCCUAUGAAAAGAAUGGCAAAACCUAUGCUUCUUUGGCACAUGUCAAGCUGGAUUUGGAGCCCGAGCAUGUUCGAUUUGAUUUAACCAAUCUGUUUAAUGGUGACAAAACUUUGGGAGAUGUCACGAGUCAAUUUAUCAAUGCCAAUUGGAAGGAGUUGUUCAAUGAAAUGAAACCCGCCCUUGCCAAGGCCAUUAGUUUGAUAGUAAAAUCCUUUAUAAAUAAAUUCUAUGAAACACAGCCAUAUGCUGAUUUCUUUCUCUAA